AUGCCCAUAGCUAUGCGAGGCAAUGAUCGGCCAGACCCCAACGAGGUGCCUCAGGACUUUUCUGAGCUCAUGGCCAACCGGCGGGGGAUUACGGACCAAAAAGAGCUGGAGAAAAAGGUCCAGAGAGUACGCAAGGAGGCACUCAAGCGUGACCGAAACCCUUAUCUCAAGUCAUAUAGAUUCGUCACACCCACGAUACAGCUUACGGAGGAGUACAAUACCCGGGUGCUCCCGGCGCUGAAAGGGGGUGGCACCAUCUUGCUAGACGUGGGAACCGGGUUCACGCAGGACCUCCAGCAGCUACUUAAGAACGGGGUCGACAAAGGCAAACUCUACGGGCUCGAUAAGGACUCCUGGCCGAUCGAUCUCGGCACUGAACUAUUUGGUGACGGACUAGAAAAAGACCACCUUUUCACGGACAUCGAUAUGCGGGAGACCAACGCCCCCGACGGCAAAAUUAAAGAACUAGGGCUCAUGGAUAAGGUCAACUUCCUCUACGUCUCCAAAUUCUUCCAUCUAUUCACCGGCUCGGAUCGGACCACGGUCGCGGUCAACCUUCUGGAGCUGAUGGUGAAGGAUGGUACCGGGCUUAUCAUGGGAUGGACCAGUUACGAGAAGGAAGCCCUUGGGUCGGAAAAGGCUAUGAAUGAGAGGACCUGGCAGCAGUUGUGGAAGUUCGCGAGCAAAAGCUUUAAUUAUGAUGACAGGGACACGCGUGUGGAAGAGAUCAACGCCAAGCUGAUUGAUAUCCCGAGAUCGCCAGAACAGGGAGAGAAGUAUUUGGUGCAAUUCAUAGUCACCGCAACCUUUGGCCAUUAA